AGUUCGUUUACUUUUAUUUCCUAGGUGUUAGGUUAUGUUGAGAAUGCAAAGCGAAUAUGACUUCUAACUUACUUAAAAUUUAAAAUAUAAACUCUCUCCGAUAAACUCAUCAGUGAAGUAAGCAAAAACGAAUUCUCAGUUUUAAAAAAUCACACCACUUUGUGCUUAUCAAUAUCCUCACAAAAUGCCUUUGACUAGUUCUCAACUUGAAGAAAUUUCAAAUUAUGAUGACUGCAUGGAAUCCAUAUUUUCAAAUAUUUUGAACCUGAAUUUACAAUGCCAUACUAGUGAAGGAGUGGUCAUUAGUUUAGUGAAUAAAUUGCUCUCAGUUACCAAAAGCCGUUUACAAGGUUUCGUAUUCUUGAAUUUGAUAAUCAAUAAUUGCUCCAGUGGAAUCAUAAAAGAGAAUGCACUGAAUUGGAUCAAUCACUGCCUAGUGAAAUAUUCGGGGGAUAGCCUGAAAGAGAUGAAGCUGAUUUUAAUUGGAAAAAUCGUUGAAGUGGCAUACAACGAGCAGGAAUUUACUAAAAGGUUUAUAUCGGAGUAUAUAAGCAAAGUUCUUGAAAUGUGCCUAUCACCACACACAUAUUCCCAAGAGAAAAAUUCAGUUUUGGAAACCCUGGCCAUAUGUAUGAAACGAUACUCCAGCUGGUUCACCAACCACAAAAACCGAAUAGAAACUUUUCUCCUUCAGAGUUUGGAAGAUUCAUCAAAAUCAGUUGUGAAAAAAGCUGCAAUUGCUUUCCAUCAUCUACAGCAGGUUAGAUAUACUAUGUAG